AUGGGGUCGAGCAGCCAGGUCAGGUUGCUGCUGUGGAAAAAUUGGACGGUCCGCAGGAGACAGAAGACUCGGUUCUUCAUGGAAAUCAUGUGGCCUGUAGUGCUGUUCAUUGGAUUAGUGUGGUUAAGAAGAGCUAACCCACUCUACAGCCAACAUGAGUGUCACUUCCCCAACAAAGCUAUGCCCUCCACUGGCAUCUUGCCUUGGAUUCAAGGGAUCUUUUGUAAUGCCAACAACCCCUGCUUCCAAUAUCCAACCCGUGGAGAGUCACCUGGUCUUGUGUCCAACUAUAACAACUCAAUACUGGCUCGGUUCUGGGUAGACGCCCAGGAGCUCCUGCUGAGCGAUCCAGAAUUCCUUCAGGUCGGUCGACUAUGGAGGGAGUUCACCGUCAUGAGCAACUUCAUGGACACCCUCCGGACCAAUCCCGAACAGAUCUCAGGUCGAGGAUUGAAGGUUGAGGACAUUCUGAAGGACGACGAGACCCUUACCUCUUUCCUGCUCCGAGACGUCCCUCUCUCUGACUCUGUGGUUAAUCAGCUGGUCAACGCCCAGAUUAGACCAGAGCAGUUCGCCUACGGAGUUCCAGACAUUAGUCUGAAGGACAUCGCUUGCAGUCAAACUCUCCUGGAGCGAUUUCUCAUCUUCCCCAGCCGCCGUGGCUUAUACACCGUACGUAACGCCAUGUGCGCCCUCACGCCGCAGCGGCUGCAGAUCAUCGAGGACAAACUAUACGCCAACGUGGACUUCUUCAAGCUUUUCCGACUGCUCCCACGCGUGCUGGACAAUUACUCCUCUGGCAUUGACUUGCAUUUCUGGGCUAGAGUCCUGUCUGCAGUCUCCCAGAAGUUAAGAGUGUUUUUUGAGAGGAACAGUGCUAAAGACUUGCUGCAGGUAUUGGAGCCCCUGUUCCAGUCCCAGGGAAACCCUUCCUUCAGUCAGUUGAUGGCUGCCACCUCCAGCCUGUUUUGUGGUUACACAGAGGGAGCUUUCUCCAGAGUGACCUCUUUCAACUGGUAUGAGGACAACAACUACAAGGCUUUCCUUGGGAUCAACAGCACGAGGGGUGGAGGCCAAUAUAUCUAUGACCACUCAGCCACGCCGUUUUGUAAUGACCUAAUGAGGGACCUGGAGUCUAACCCCAUCACACGGGUGGUGUGGAGUAUGGUGAAGCCCAUGGUGAUGGGGAGGAUCCUUUACUCUCCCGACUCUCCAGCCGUCAGACAGAUCAUCAAGAGCGCCAAUACCACGUUUGAGGAGCUGGAGCGACUGAGAAAUAUGGGGAAGGCCUGGGAGGAGGUGGGGCCUCAGGUUUGGGCAUUUUUUCAGGACGGCAUCCAGAUGAACAUGAUCCGGAACUCCAUCAGAAAUCCCACAGUGAUGAAUCACAUUGACCGAGCUCUGGAAGACACACAGUUCACUGCCAAACACAUCCUAAACUUCCUGUACAAUGGAGCAGAGGAAGACCGGGACCCUGAUAUGCCCAACUUUGAUUGGAGAAAUAUCUUCAACCUGACGGAUCAAGUCCUCCGUACAAUCAACCAGUAUGGGGAGUGCCUGGUCCUAGAUAAGUUUGUGGGACUCUUGGACGAGGACCAGCUGACCCAUCGAGCUCUGGACCUGCUAGAGGAAAGUAAAUUCUGGGCUGGACUGGUGUUUGUGAACGUGUACCCCUGGACCAACAAGGUGCCACCACAUGUCAAGUUCAAGAUCCGCAUGGACAUUGACAUGGUGGAGCGUACCAAUAAGAUCAAAGACAGAUACUGGGACCCAGGCCCAAGGGCAGACCCCAUAGAUGACUUGCGGUAUGUGUGGGGAGGUUUUGCCUACCUGCAGGACAUGGUGGAGCAUGGCAUCAUUAAGUCUCAUACGGGCAAAGACUGGCCCCUGGGGGUCUACCUGCAGCAGAUGCCAUAUCCCUGCUACGUGGAUGAUCUCUUCAUGCUGACCCUAAAUCGCUGCUUCCCCAUCUUCAUGGUGCUUGCUUGGGUUUACUCUGUGUCCAUGACGGUGAAGAGUAUCGUUCUGGAGAAGGAGAUGCGUCUGAAGGAGACACUGAAGGCCAUGGGCGUCAGCAGCGAGGUGCUUUGGUGCACCUGGUUCAUCGACAGUUUCAUAAUGAUGGCUGCCAGUACCGCCCUGCUCACUGCUAUCAUCAUGGGAGGAAGAGUGCUGAACUAUAGCAACCCCAUCAUCCUCUUCCUCUUCUUGCUAACCUUCACCAUGGCAACCAUCAUGCAGUGCUUCCUAAUGAGCGUGUUCUUUAACAAGGCCAACUUGGCGGCAGCCUGCAGUGGCAUCAUCUACUUCACCCUCUAUCUGCCCCACAUUGUCUGCUUUGCCUGGCAAGAUCGUAUCACCAAGGACAUGAAAAUUAUGGCAAGUCUAAUGUCUCAAGUUGCGUUUGGUUUUGGUACGGAGUACUUGUCCCGCUAUGAGGAGCAGGGCUUGGGUCUGCAGUGGGACAAUAUCCAGACCAGCCCUCUGGAGGGGGAUGAGUUCUCCUUCCAUACUUCCAUCAUAAUGAUGAUGCUGGACACCGUCCUGUAUGCCCUGCUGGCCUGGUACCUUGACAGCAUCUUCCCAGGGCAGUACGGUAUCGGUCGGCCAUUUUACUUUCCCAUCCAGCCAUCCUAUUGGCUCAACCGUGAACCUCCAAAGACAGAGAAGCCAGCAGAAGAAAAACCAGCGUUUGACAACCUGGCGAACCAUGCCCAGGCUGAGCAGAACACAGCACCUCCUGAGCAGCCGGGGUCCUGCAAACAUGGAGAUAAGCGUGAGAAAAUGGAGAAAGAGAAAGAGGAGCUGAAGAGACAAGAGGAAGAAGAUGAGACCAACAAGAGCCAAAGGAAGGUCUUCUUUGAGGCUGAGCCUACAGGCUUGGUGGUGGGAGUGUGUGUUGAGAACCUGGUCAAAGUGUUUAGUAAGGGCUCCAGACCUGCUGUGGAUGGCUUGAGUAUCAACUUCUAUGAGGGUCAAAUCACUGCCUUUCUGGGACACAACGGUGCUGGGAAGACUACAACCAUGUCUAUUCUUACUGGCUUGUUCCCUCCAACCUCGGGAACAGCUUACAUCUACGGGAAGAACAUUCGAACCGACAUGGACGCCAUUCGCCUGUCACUUGGCAUGUGCCCCCAACACAACAUUCUUUUCCAUCAUAUGACAGUGGCAGAGCACAUUCUUUUCUACUCCUUGUUGAAAGGGAGGCCACUGCCGGAGGCACAGGAGGAGGUGGAGAACAUGCUUCAGGACGUGGGCCUCCCUCACAAGAGAAAUGAACAGGUUCAGAACCUCUCAGGGGGCAUGCAGAGAAAACUAUCAGUUGCUAUGGCGUUUGUGGGCGGUGCUAAAGUGGUGUUCUUGGAUGAGCCCACAUCAGGAGUGGACCCAUACUCCAGACGGUCCAUCUGGGACUUACUGUUGAAGUAUCGUGCAGGACGGACAGUUAUCCUGUCCACUCAUCACAUGGACGAGGCUGACCUGCUUAGCGACCGCGUGGCCAUCAUUUCACAGGGACGACUGCACUGCUGCGGCUCUCCUCUCUUUCUUAAGAACAGCUUUGGCGCUGGGUUCUACCUCACCUUGGUCCGCCGCAUGAAAGAUGAACCACCCCAACUCAGAAAGGAGUGUGACUGCACAGAUGACUGCUCCUGUAAAUGUUCCAUAUGCACCAAAUUUAAAGAGAGUUCUGAGGAGCCGUCCAAACCUCCAGAGAGACAGAUGGACGGAGAUAUAGACACUAUAACAGCUCUGGUCCAUCACCAUGUCCCUGACGCCAGGCUGAUUGAGGUUAUUGGACAGGAGCUGACCUAUCUGCUCCCUAACCGUGGCUUUAAGCACCGCGCCUAUGCCAGUCUCUUCAGGGAGCUGGAGGAGACCCUUGCUGACAUCGGCCUGAGCAGCUUUGGUGUCUCUGACACCUCUCUGGAGGAGAUAUUCCUCAAAGUUACAACUGACAGAGAGACAGGACACAGCAGUGUAACGCAUGAGGCGGACAGGUCGACGUACGCUAACGGUCAGAUGAACUCUGCCAGCUCGGCCAGCGUGGUUGGACGGGGUUCCAGACAAGUCCGAGGUGUCUUUCUGACCCUGAAGCAGUUCUUUGCUCUGCUUAUCAAACGCUGCCAUCACUCUACACGCUCCAGCAAGGACUUUGUCGCCCAGAUUGUGUUACCGGCGAGCUUUGUACUGGUGGCUCUGAUGUUCACCCUUAUCGUUCCCCCAUUUGGAGAGUAUCCCAGUCUGACUCUCAGCCCGUGGAUGUAUGGAAGACAGUUCACUUUCUUCAGUAAUGAACAAAUGCAGAAGUCAGAAAUGAGAUAUUUUGGGGAAGUGCUUCUAAAUAAGCCUGGUUUUGGGACCCGAUGCAUGGUGGAUGAACCUUUGGAGGAGUAUCCAUGUAACAACAUCACUACUGAGUGGGAGAUGCCCUUGGUGAACCCAGCUCUAAUUGAAAUGCUGGAUGACCCAGAGUGGACUCACAUCAGACCAUCUCCCAGUUGCCAGUGCAGCACGGCUGAGAAGCUGACCAUGCUUCCUGUGUGUCCAGAGGGAGCCGGAGGUCUGCCCCCACCACAGAGGAUACAGUCAACUGGUGAUGUUCUGAUGGACCUCACUGGCAGGAACAUAUCUGAUUAUUUGGUGAAGACGUACCCCAUCAUGAUCCGGACCAGUUUGAGGAGCAAAUACUGGGUGAAUGAACAAAGGUAUGGAGGAAUUUCAGUUGGAGGACAACUGCCUGUUCUGGAUGUGGACCCUAAAACCAUUCAAAAUGCUUUAUCACAACUGGGACGUGUUCUUAAUGUCACAGGGGGAAAAUACUCCAAACUUGCCCUAAAGGAGAUUGGAACUUUUCUUAGAUAUAUGGAGACUGAGAACAAUGUUAAGGUCUGGUACAAUAACAAAGGCUGGCAUGCCAUGGUGGCUUUCCUGAAUGUCGCUAACAAUGCCAUCCUCAGAGCCCACCUCCCAGCAGAUGCCAACUUACAUGAAUACGGCAUCACCGUUAUUAACCACCCACUCAACCUGACCAAGGAGCAGCUGUCUGAGGUUACUGUACUGACCACCUCAGUAGAUGCGGUGGUGGCUAUCUGUGUGAUUUUUGCCAUGUCUUUUGUGCCAGCUAGCUUUGUGCUCUAUCUUAUCCAAGAGAGAGUCACACAGGCCAAACACCUGCAAUUUGUCAGUGGAGUCAGUCCAUUGGUCUACUGGACUGCUAACUUCCUCUGGGACAUGAUAAACUACUCUUUCAGUGCGGCGAUGGUUGUGUGGAUUUUUAUCACCUUUGAUAAGAAAUGCUACACCUCAGAGACCAAUCUGAAUGCUUUAGUGGCAUUACUUCUUCUGUAUGGAUGGUCGGUCACACCCAUGAUGUACCCAAUGUCCUAUAUGUACAGUGUACCCAGCACGGCCUAUGUCUCUCUGUCCUGCAUUAACCUCUUCAUUGGCCUCAACAGCAGUGCCAUCACCUUCAUCCUAGACCUCUUCGACAGCACAGCGGCCCUUUAUAAAUGCAACCAAGUGUUAAAGAAAAUGUUUUUGGUGUUCCCUCACUUCUGUCUGGGCCGUGGAUUGAUUGACAUGGCUAUGAACCAGGCCAUGACUGAAGUGUACGCCCGUUUUGGGGAGGACUACAGUCCGGAUCCAUUUAGCUGGGACUUUUUGGGGAAGUACCUGGCAUUCAUGGCUGCGGAGGGUUUUGUGUACUUCAUCCUGAAUAUCCUCAUUCAGUAUCGCUUCUUCCUCGAUCACUGGAUCCCAGACCUUAAAAGGCCCCCCAUUCUCGACGAGGAUGUGGAUGUGGCAAAGGAGAGGGAGCGAAUCUAUAAAGGAGGAAACAGCAGUGACAUCCUGCAGAUUAGAGAUCUGUCCAAGACCUAUACGGGACAGAGCAGACCAGCAGUGGAUAGAAUAUGUGUAGGGGUGUCACCAGGAGAGUGCUUUGGCCUUCUGGGUGUGAAUGGUGCUGGGAAAACAACCACAUUCAAAAUGCUAACAGGAGACAUUGAUGUUUCAUCGGGAGAAGCAGCUGUCACUGGUUAUAGUAUUCUGACCAACAUCCUGGAUGUUCACCAGAACAUGGGCUACUGUCCCCAGUUCGAUGCCUUAGACGAGCUUCUGACGGGCAGAGAGCACCUGCACCUUUACGCCAGGCUAAGAGGAGUUCCUGAAUCCGAUAUCAGCGCGGUGGCGGAGUGGGGGAUUCAGAAGUUGGGUUUGUCUGAGUAUGCCAACCAGUGUGUAGAGACAUACAGCGGAGGCAACAGACGCAAACUGUCCACCGCCAUCGCCAUGAUCGGCUGCCCCGCCCUCGUCCUUCUAGAUGAGCCCACCACUGGGAUGGAUCCACACUCGCGCCGCUUCCUGUGGAACUCCAUCAUGAGUGUGAUCCGGGACAGCAGGGCAGUGGUCCUCACCUCCCACAGUAUGGAGGAAUGUGAGGCCCUGUGUACUCGUCUGGCCAUAAUGGUCAGUGGAAGCUUCAAAUGUCUUGGAACCAUUCAGCACCUCAAAUACAAGUUUGGGGAUGGUUAUGUGGUCACUAUGAAGAUCAGGGCAGCCAAAGGGGCCACGGCGCCAGACCUGAACCCCGCUGAAGCGUUUAUGGAGAGCACGUUCCCUGGCUGCGUUCAACGUGAGAAACACUACAAUACCCUGCAGUAUGAGAUUGCUACCUCCUCUCUGGCCCGUAUUUUCCAGCUGGUCCUCACCAACAAGGACAAGCUUAACAUCGAAGACUACUCUGUCUCCCAGACAACACUGGACCAGGUGUUUGUGAACUUUGCCAAGCAACAGUCUGGAGAGGAUGACGCCACGGUUCUGCACCCGAGGGCAGCAGGUGCUCGACGGAUCUCUCCAGAGAACUAUGUUAGGAAAUAA